UGUUCUUCACUUUGAAUCGAGGGGAUGAGUUUAUUUUUCAGUCGUGUGUAAAAACACAACAUGUAGUGUUUCUCAAAAACUAUGUUGUAAGACGAGUGUAAGGAGAAGUAGGUGUGUUUGGACAUGCUCUGACUUUAUUUUCAUUGGACUUGGAGGAUGGAAUGGGUGGAGGGUUUGUCGUGACAUGAAAAUGGGCAACGGUCCCACAUUCAAGGAAACAGAGAAGAGGAAGACGCGCAGCAUCGACGUGUGGACACGCUCAGUGUGUUCAGGAUGCAGCUUUACUCAGCUCUGAUCCUCCUGGUCACUCUGUCUGCAGCACAUGCCAUCACAUGCUACACCUGUACAGUUGACGACCCCACGCCAUGCAGCAGGAACUCCACUUGUGUCAAGCCUUUGGACAUUUGUUACUCGUACAGCGCCGCCGUUAAAGGAGAGGUCCGGGGCUGUCAUCGUCGCGAUGCGUGUAGGAGUCCGUUCUACUGCUGCUCACAGGAUCUGUGUAACGCUGCCCCUCCCACCGCUCCCACCGGGCUCCUCCCCCUCCUGCUGUCCUCAGCCGUCCUCAGCCUCUGUCUGGGAUGAAUCCAAACAUGGUCGUACUGCUUCACUGCACCUCCGACUGACUCCAGACAAGUUUGAAUGUCAUGAUGUAAAAAAAAAGAACAAGUUCCAAACGUACCUAUUAAACUGUUUUUGCCUCUA